GCAGCGUGAGCCUCUUGAACGAGGUUUCUAGAAACACAGCCGCACCCCUGGGUGGACUUCUCAACACUGCUGCCCAGGUGGAGCACCAUGGAGGGGGACUGUCUGAGCUGCAUGAAGUACCUGAUGUUUGUCUUCAACUUCUUCAUAUUUCUGGGAGGGACCUGCCUGCUGGGCGUCGGCAUCUGGGUCAUGGUGGACCCCACCGGCUUCCGGGAGAUCAUAGCUGCCAACCCCCUGCUCGUCACGGGUGUCUACAUCCUCCUGGCCAUGGGGGGCCUGCUUUUCCUGCUCGGCUUCCUGGGCUGCUGCGGGGCUGUCCGAGAAAACAAGUGUCUGCUGUUAUUUUUCUUCCUGUUCAUCCUGAUCAUCUUCCUGGCGGAGCUCUCAGCAGCCAUCCUGGCCUUCAUCUUCAGGGAAAACCUCACCCGCGAGUUCUUCACUAAGGAGCUCACCAAGCACUACCAGGGCAGUAAUGACACAGACGUCUUCUCCUCCACCUGGAACUCCGUCAUGAUCACAUUUGGCUGCUGCGGGGUCAAUGGGCCCGAAGACUUCAAGCUGGCGUCAGUGUUUCACCUGCUGACCCCGGACAGUGAGGCGGUGCCCGAGGCCUGCUGCCGGAGGGAGCCACAGGCCCGGGACGGCGAGCUGCUCAGCCGCGAGCGAUGCCUGCUGGGCGACAGCCUGUUUGUAAACAAGCAGGGCUGCUACACAGUGAUCCUCAAUGCCUUCGAAACCUAUGUCUACCUGGCAGGAGCCCUGGCCAUAGGGGUGCUGGCCAUCGAGCUUUUUGUCAUGAUCUUCGCCAUGUGUCUCUUCCGGGGCAUCCAGUAGAGGGUGGGGCCUGAAGAUGCCCCGCCCACCACUACCCUGCACCCACGGCUCUCUCCUCCCCCACCCUACGCCCUGGCCAAGGGGAGGAGAGGCGGCUGCAGCAGGUGACCAGGAGAAGGGCUGGGCACAGAGCUAUUUUUUUUUUAACAAAAACGAAAUGAAGAUAGAAAUGUGGACAUGGCCGCACUUGGACUCCAGGGCAGGGGCCACAGAUUGAUGCCAGGCUCCCAGCACUGACCCGCGAUGCCCUCUGCCCCCAGGGGCCCAACGAACACUACGCCAGGGCCCUGCUGCCAAGGAAGCAAGGAUUUGGGCGACAGGUGGCACAGCUGCCAAAACCCAAGGGAGACCUGUUGGCCGCACCUUUGAGGGCUCAGCACCCACAGCGCUACGCCUGGUCUCCUGGAGGGUGACGCAGAUGCCCCCACUUCUGGCCAGGCCGAGGGGGCUGCGUGCAGGCACUGAAUCCAGAGGGACUGCACUGGCUGAGUCCUUCCUUUCCUGUCUGCCGGACCAAACGCAACUCAGAGAGGGGCAGGGGGCUGUCCACAGUCACACAGCAUGGGCCCAAUAGCUAUGAAGAGAGCCCAGCCAGCUCCAGGCUGCUGUCAUUGCACCCAGGACUCCAGCAGACCUGCUGUCACACACCCCUGUCCCCAGAAGAGAGGUCAGCUGGCCAGAAACCAGCUCCUCCCAGCUGUCCAGUGAAGGAAAGUCGUACUGUGUCCCGUCCCCACCUUCCCAUCUCCUGUACCUCCAGCUCCCCCAACACACAUCACAUCCCCUACCCACACUGCCCCAUGGGCCACCCUCUCCCUGUCUCUCCCCAGCUCCCUCUCAGGGUGGAAGAAACCCCCAGGAAGAUUGGAUUCUCCUUCUCCUCACCCAGAACUGAGGCUUGGAUGUGUCUGCCAAGAAUUCUCCUUCUUGCAUACCUCCUGAGACGGAGAGCUCACUACCUCCUGAGGCACUCUCUGCCUCUGGACUGCUCUGACUUUGGCAUCACUAGACAGAAGAGGCUUCUGUUUGUGGUUCUACCCACACCUCUGUUUGCUGUCUCCCUUCUGGAGUGUUCAGGCUGCACGAUGAUGCCCCCCAGCCUCCCUGUCUACUGGCUGUAGAACCCAAUGGUAUCUCAGCCAUUUCUGCUGUGACACCGUUUCUUGUGCUUUUGUCAUCCACAGGACAUUUCAGUGUUGCUUCCAGGCUCAGGCAAAAAUUUUUCCAGACUCACAGGUUCCCAUCCACACAACACUCCCAAAUAUACAAGUGUCAUACUCUAGACCAGUGUGGUAAGAUGCCUCCACCCUAACAAUCGGUGGCUGCCAGGAGUUAUGCUGAUGCUGAGCUUUAGUCUGUGCCUAGUGGGAGAGGGCAAUGGAAUCCCUACUAGUGAUGUCUGAUGGGCAACUUGAGUUUGAUCAGUGAUGUCUGAUAGCACCUUGCAUUUGAUUAGUGAUGUCUGGUAGGUACCUUGAGUUCGAUUAGUGAUGUCUGUUUCUGUCGUGGGCGUGGGAGGAACAGUGUGGUACCUGCUGUCCUCUCUAUCCCUCUUCAGAUCCCAGAACUCAUUGUGUCUGUCCCUGUCCCAUUGUCCAGCCACCUGGAGAAGAGCUGCUGUCUGGAGUCCAGUGCUCCCUGCCUCUUGUCAGAUGCAGCCAGCCCUGUGCCCACUGCCCAGAUCUGGCCUCCCCACUUCAUCCUGCAUCUCUGAACUCCAUCUCACCGAACUGUCCCUUUAACAGUCCACCCUAGCAAUCACCAUAUAAGAUGCCAUGUGCUCCCUGAGGCUGAGGUCCCAGGGUCCAGGGAACCUGGCUGUGGUCCCUGGCCCUCUCUGGACACACUUAGCCCCAGAUCCUGGAAAAGGCAAACGGCUGCUCUGAGGCUGAUCCCAAGCCCCAUCCCACUCCCAGCCAGGCAGGACUGAGCCCAGCUGUACUCAGGGGCGCCCCAGAGAGGAGGCAGAGGCGGGGCCCACUGGCCAAGGUAAGCUCAUCCUCCAGGGCUCUCCAGAAAGGUGCCAAGGACGCUAAUUAGCCCAACUCGGCCCCAAAGCCAGGCCUUUGUGGCUGGAAGGAGGCAGACCUGUCUGUGCUGUGGAGAGCCACUGCCUCCAGAAGGGGCACGUCGUACAGGGCACGGGCCAGGGACUUGCACCCUCCCCAGGAGCCCUGUGGGCAGCACCUGGUCUCAUGCUUUGCCCCUCUCCACCCGUGCCCAGGGGCGCCAGGCCGGACCCCCCUCCCUCCCCGUGGUCACACAUUGAAAGUCUAUUUUGAAGUCUGUAAAUGUCCCUCACAGUCCACAACAGAGCUAAUUUAUCAUGGUUUUCUCCCGCAAGCCCCCCUUUUUAUAUUCUAUAUCAAGAGCGCUUUGUAAUAUAAAACAGGACACCCACACGGAUGGUUUUGCACUGGUUUUUGUGACUGUUUCUUACAAAAAGAAGGAAUGAAGAAUAAAUAGUGACCGUGAAUAAA